UACUUUGUAUGCAUCCCUAAAAUGGAGGCAAAGGCGUUCCGGCUACUAUGUGCACCUCUCCCACCAUCACCUCACCCCACUUCAACUGUUGGUAGGAUUACAGUACCUCUAAAGCCCUCUCCUUUCAAUUCCAAACCUCCGUCUGGGGCAGGGGUUCUGCGGAGGAGCAAGAACAAGGAAGAGCAAGAACUGUAUGGGCUCCCAAAAGAGUACUACGAUGAUGAAUGGCAAGCCCGACAAAGAGAGAAGACAAAGGAAUUGCAUCGAAGACGUCAAGAGGAAGAGGAAGAAGAGGAAAGAAAGGUAGAAGAAUAUCGUGAAAUUGGCUUGCGGUUGAAGGGGUAUCCAGAAGAGGAAGUUAAAAAGGCAAAAAAACUGGUUUCCAGCUUUAUCAGAUCUGCUGAAGAAGUAGAAGAGAAAAUUGAGGAAGCUGCUGAGAAAGGUGAACUUACUGAGCUUGUUCUAAUGGUCAUAUGGAAUCGCCUUGAUCUCGCUCGACGUGACGAUGAAAAGGAUGCUGUUAGAAGUCUUGAUCUCUUGUACAGGAGGGUUGAGACAGAGAUUUUGAAACGGGAGGCUAGUCCUGCCAUGAGAUUGCUCAACGAUCUUUUGAAUAUGCACGAUGGAUUUGAUGAUGAGGGGUGGCUGAAGAAAUGCAAAAAGUGUAUGAUUGAUACCUUUCCUCGGGAGGAUCCAUUUAGUAUUCUUGUUCCAGCAGGGUUCAACAUUGAUGAGCAUCAAGGGAAACUGCGGCCACCACUGGAGGUAGAUGACCCUCUUUUGAGGGUAGAUUUUGUCCGUGAGGUUGAUGCACUACUACAAGAGGUUCGCUCUGAACAAAGUGAAGCACAGAACGCUCAAGGGCUUGAUCCUGAAUCUGUUGCAAGCAGGUUGAAACAACAGGAGAAGCAACGGACAAUACGCCAAGUAGAAGCUCUGUUAGAUCUGGCCAUUAAUUUGAAAUGGUAGCCAAACUAUAAUUCUUCUUUUUCUAGUUCUUGUUUUGUUUGCUCUUCUGGUGUGGCCUUUCUUUAGUGGGUUUCUGUUAUUAUGAAUAAUCAAGUCAGGGUUCAAGGGCUGUCACCAAAAUAAUAUAAUCAAAGGAUGUAUUUUCUUGGCAUGUUCCUUCA